AUGGCUCCUUCAUGGCUGCCGAAGGUGCGUGUAGCUGCUUGCAAUGUGGCACCAGUCUUCCUUGAUACUCCAAAGACUGUCGAGAAGACCAUCUCCUUGAUACGUGAGGCGGCGAGUAACCAAGCAGAUCUGGUCGUCUUCCCAGAGACUUAUAUCCCUGCCUUUCCACUAUGGGCCGCUAUAGCAGCUCCCAUAGACAACCAUACUUUCUUCCAACGCUUGGCCCAGCAAAGUCUUCUAAUCGACGGACCUGAGAUUACACUCCUCCGACAGACCUGUGCUCAGCAGAAGAUUUAUGCUCAUAUUGGCAUCAACGAACGUAGCCAUCACAGUUUAGGAUGCAUCUGGAACUCCUCUGUACUCAUCUCGGACAGAGGCGAGAUUGUCAAUCAUCACAGGAAGAUCAUGCCCACCUUCUACGAGAAGCUCGUCUGGGCGCCGGGAGAUGGUCGUGGAUUGAAAGUGGUUGAUACCGAGAGGCUAGGUAAAGUAGGCAGUCUGAUCUGCGGCGAGAACACCAAUCCGCUCGCACGAUGGAGUCUAAUGGCGCAAGGCGAACAACUCCACAUAUCAACCUGGCCACCCCUCUGGCCAACCCGGCGCACCGCCUCAGCAACCGCAGGCUCAGAAGCUGCCUCGUCAGCCUCACCAACCGGCAAACAAUACGACAACAUAGCCGCCAACCACACACGAACGGCAGCCCACUGCUUCGAAGCCAAAUGCUUCGGCGUCCUCUGCUCAGGCUUCAUGGACAAACCCAUGCGAGAUGAACUCAUAUCUGCCAUCCCCUCCGCAGCAGAGACUCUGGACAGCGUAACGCAAGGCGCAAGUUUGUUUCUCGAUCCGACUGGAGCACAAGUCGGAGACCAAGUCGUUGGGGAGGAGGGGAUCGCUUAUGCGGAUCUUGAUUUGAAUGCUUGUGUUGAGCCUAAGCAGUUCCAUGAUGUGGUUGGGACGGGAUAUCAGCGGUAUGAUAUUUUUGAUGUUAAGGUUGAUAGGAGGAGACUUGGACCCGAGAAUUCUUUUGAUGAGCGCGGUGGAGAAGAAUCGAGGAUUGAGUCGUUGCCUGCGAGGGUGGCUGAUGAGUCUCAUGGACGGCGAGAAAGGUCCCCAGCACAAGUCCACCAAGGUGUCGGUGGCCUGAGGAUGAUCUAG